GUAUAUGUUCAUAUUCCCGGUGCCAAAAAGCUGAUGGUUGAACUGCCUUUCGUCAUUGGCACAAUUCCAUGGACUGCUUUUUCCAGCAGGAACUCCAGCCUUGUCAGCCAGUUGGCUAUGGAUAUGAGGUGGUUGGCUCAGACCCUGCCAGAUCAUCCAGAAGCACCACCCAAUUAUGCUGAUAUAGUAUCAGAGGAGGAAUACGCAAGACACGUCACUGUUUAUCCGACGUCAGCCGAUUGCGACGAACAGCUGCGUGGUCCUGUGCUCGCCUACCUACAGGAAUUCCGAUUUCAGCCACCUCCUGUUUAUUCAGAGAUUGACCCCUACCCUGCUGGAGUGCAAGACAAUCAGCCCGUUUCACUCGUGGAUUAA